UCCACGUCUACUCCCACGCGCCACCCUCAACGCGUGGGUCACAUCUGCAAAGACCAAGCAAAUGUCAACGUUCCGACCAAAUCGAAAUCACGGCCGUCGUUCUCUCCCCUUCUUUUCAAUGACAAAAUCCUAGCCCUCCAUUCCGCCGUGGCCAGCACGCGACUCGCAUUUUCGCCUCUCCUCCUCCCCUCCUCUUACCGACAACUAUUCUUCUCCGAUAUUAGGAAAAAAAAACAAUGAGCGAUUUGCAGUAAACACAAAAUCUUAGUGAGAGAGAGCAGCUGAUUGAUAGAGUGAGAAAGUGCGUGGGUGAAGAUUUACAAAAAGUAUGUGUUAAUUAUUGUGAUUUAGUUUAAACCCUAAAUCUCGGAUAAAAUUGAUGUAAUUUACAUAAAUCCGAGUUUUUUUUAUUUGCAUCUGAGUAUUUACGGCUUAUGAAGUUCUCAACUUGCGAGUGUGUAAAGAUUUGUUUCUCGUUGUUUUGAGCUAUAUGUUUGUGCUACGAAAUCAUAUGGUCUCUAACUCUGUUUGCUUAGGGUUUCUAUCUCUUUUCAUAUACUAGUGUGUGUGCUUCUACGUGUUGUUUGUGUAAAAUAAGCUUGCUUGAGAGGAAAUUCAGUGUUUUUAUCUACGUGUUCUUUGUGUAAAAUUAGCUUGAUUGAGAAGAAAUGCAGUGUUUUUCUUAUCAGUACAUAUACAAAAGUGUGUGUGUUUGCUGCGCGCUUCUACUUCGUUGUGUAAAAUAAGCUUGCUUGUGAGGAAAUUCAGUGCUAUUUUUUAUCAGUUAGAAUUUAGUUUUUUCUUAAGCAGUAGGAGUUUGGUGAUGACAAAUUACUCAAUUUUGUUAAAGAGCAAGUUAAUUGACAAAUAUUUAUGCAACUGCUUUUUUCAAACCUAUUCAAUUAGGUUUUUGUUGUUGAAUGUAUGACUUCGGGAACAAUGGCGAAUGGUGAAAAUGGAGGAUCGAAAGAGCAGCAGAGGUUGACUGAAAGCAAAGUCUACAGACGGAAGUCAUUUAAAGGGUUAAAUAAUAUAGGGAAAACAGCUCUGGAAGAUGUCAAUUCGUCUCAAAAAAUAGUUGGUUUUUGCUUAGAUGCGGCCUCAGAAGGUUCUUCGAGUCUGAACCGUUUUUUAACAUUAGAGAAUACUGGAAUAUUGGCAGGUAAUGGCCAAGAGAAUAGUGCUAGAAUCAAUUUAGCGUUUAAGUCCAAGCGUGAGAUGAGAGAGCUAAGAAGGAAGUUGCAGAGUGAGUUGGAUUUGGUUCAGAGUUUGGUGAAGAAGAUCGAGAGAAAAGAUGCACAGAAGAUCGGCACUGGAAUUGAUAAGGAUAGUGGGGUACGACGGGUACAUUCAGAUGUCUCACAAAUGGGGCAACAGCUUGAGUCCAGGCCUUUGAAUCAGUUAAGUGUAUCCGUCAUGGAGAACAGCCAUGGUGUGGUUGAUAAUGCGGAGAAAGAGAAGAGGACACCAAAGGCAAACAAAUUUUAUAGGAACUCAGAUUUCUUAUUAGCUAAGGAUAAGUUUUCCCCAGCUGAAAGCAACAAGAAGUCGAAAUCAAAUGCAAAGAAAGUGAGUGGACCAGAAUCGGUACAUGGUAUGGGCCAGGGGAAGUUCUCAAAUCAAAUACUCAAGAAUUGUCGUGCUUUGCUUGAAAGAUUGAUGAAGCACAAGCAUGGUUGGGUGUUUAACCAGCCUGUUGAUACAAAGGGUCUUGGUUUACAUGACUAUUUUGACAUUAUUAAGAAUCCAAUGGAUUUGGGAACCGUGAAGUCCAGGCUGGAUACAAAUUGCUACAAGUCUCCUAAAGACUUUGCCGAGGAUGUGAGACUUACAUUUCAAAAUGCUAUGACGUAUAAUCCAAAGGGCCAAGAUGUUCAUAUGAUGGCCGAGCAACUUUCCAAGAUAUUUGAGGAAAAGUGGGCCACUAUAGAGGCUGAUUAUAUGCGCGAGUUGAGAUUGACAAUGGACUCUCAGGUGAGUUUGAAGACUCCUAAAUCUAAGAAGCCUCCUUCCCAACCAUUGCCACCCCCUGGAGUGAGGAGGACUUUAGACAGGUCAGAAUCAACAUCCAAUCCCUUUGAUUUGAAGACUAAAUCUGUCGCUCUCCCCCAAUCAGGAAGGACCCCUGUACCAAAGAAGCCGAAAGCAAAGGAUCCCAAUAAAAGAGAGAUGACAUAUGAUGAAAAGCAAAAGCUUAGCACAAGCCUACAGAAUUUACCUUCUGGAAAACUUGAACAGGUAGUACAGAUCAUCAAAAAGAGGAAUUCAUCUCUUUGCCAACAGGAUGAUGAGAUUGAAGUGGAUAUUGAUAGUGUUGAUACUGAGACCCUAUGGGAGCUCGACAGGUUUGUUACUAAUUACAAGAAGAGCUUGAGCAAGAACAAAAGAAAAGCUGGACUUGCAGAUCAAGGAGAAAGUGAAGCUGAGAAGAAUGUCCAGGAGAAGAAUGCUAACCCAGUUGUGGUAGAAAUUCCAAAAGAAAGCAAAGCAGUAGAAGAGAAAGGCACUUCCUCCAAUCCUGCUCAAAUGGAAAAUCAGGGCAAAGAUGUUAGUCAAGCAAGCAGCUCUAGCACUGACUCAGUAUCAUCAUCAAGUGAUUCUGAUAGCGAAAACUCUUCAGGAGGUGGAUCUGAUGCAGAGAAUUCACCAAAGAGUUGAUUCUGUUGUCCAGAUAUAAUGUUCUCUCUUUCAAAGUCUUGUGAUUUCAAGGUCUACGAGCAUACUGAUGUCGUCCUUCAAUCAAGAGGGUGCUGUUGGUGGUAAUAGCAUGUGCUGGCUGGUCCCAAUUUGUAUAAUAAUAGCAUCUAGUUUGUAGCUUAUGUACAUUCGCUUGUGGAUUUCUAAUUUGUGCAGUUUGAAGUCAAAUUUUUCAAGUGAUUGGAUCACUUGAAUCUGAUAGAACUUUAUCUGUCCUACUUGUAGCAUUAAUAAGAUGCUCUGUACAUAUCCUAAGUGUUAAUAAAAUAGUAAUAAGUCAAUCAGGACAAUUAGCUAAUGUCCUUUCCAAUUUUAUAUUUUUGAA